GGCAACUCUGCAACGCUUCCAUGUGUUCUGUGGCGUGGCUUCCAUUUUAAUUUUUUGAUGUUGAUGGUUGAUGUUUGUGAUAAAUAAGCUGUGGUUUGUGUGUUUGAUGUCAAAGAUGGAUGACAUGUUUAGCGGUAAAAAUUAUUAAAAAUUUCUACUAGAUUUUUGUAUAUAUAGAUAUUUAAGGUGAAAUGGAGCUAUCUAAAGGAGUCUGUUUUUUUUGUUCCAACACAAAAAUAAUUACCAAAUCUGCGAAAACUGUAAUUCCCGAUAUAAAACUGUUUUUAAAUGAUUCUGCCAUCGAUCAAGACCAGCUAAAUGAUAUAAAACCAUUGAAGGUGUGUCCCAUGUGUUAUCACAAAAUACAUUUAUUAGUAAAACUUGAUAAAAAUAUCUCGUCUACAGCCAAAAAUGGUACAUAUAAUUGCACAUUGUGUGGAUCUCUUGAUGAUAUCAUUAAAGUCAACAAAUGGGAAACAUUCGACAAAAUAAGUAGUGAUUUUCCUGUGUUAGCCGGUAAUACAAAUCUUGUUUGUUCUGCUUGUUUAUUUUCCCUGGAUACCAGACAUUUUAUGAAGGAAAAAUUGAUUUCAGUCUAUCCAAAUUUAAGAAUCGAAGUCAAAAUUCCAAAAUUCGACGAUAAUAUUACAAGUCAUUCGACCCCGAUUUCCAAAAAACGUGAAAAAACAUCCAAAUCAGAAUUAAAAUCAUUUUCAAUAAAAUCGCGUACAUCAGAUGCGGAAAAACGUAACUUAGAUGUGUCAUCUAUCAAUAUAAAGCCAUUAAGCCAACAAAGCACUGAUAUAAAAUUAUUGGAAAUUGUUAAACAAGAUCAGAAAUUCAUGAAUCAAGUCCUUAUUGUUAAAUUACAAAGCUCACUAGAAAAGAAAGCUAACUUUGUAAAAUUAGAAACCGGCACAAAUGUUAGAAGAUCCAGAAAUAGUAAGGAUAAUAAAACUCAGGAUAUUAUGGAGGUAGAGGAAAAUAAUGAGUUCAUGGAGAGUCAGGUUAUUAAGGAAGUUAGUAAACAACGCAAGAAUAAUAAGGAGGUUACAGAUAAUAUAACUGUAACAAAGGACAAAAGUAUAAUGAAGGAUCUGAGAAAGAAAAGAUCUAGAAUCGUAGAAAUUUCAUCGGACUCUGGAGAAGAAAGUAAAGUAGACAUAAAGAAAAAACAAUUUUUUAAAAUUAAACUAAACCAAAAAGCAAAAAAAUCCGCCAAAAAGGAAAUACAGGUGAAACAAAAAUUAACCGAAUCAAUUCCAGAAUUUAAGAGGAACUUAUCAAUAAAGUUGGAACAAAUGAAAAUGUCUGAGAAAAAUAUCCGCGAUGAAGAUACUAACGUCAUAGAAUCCGAAGAUAGUAUUGAUUUGGAAUUGAAAAGCGAUGACGAUUCGUUAAGUCCGGUGAGAAGGAUAGAAACCGAAGCUGCAAAUGACAGUUUUGAUAUAGUGAAACCCAACCAAGACGAGAAAAUUGAUAUUAGUGGUAUAAUAGACCAAUUGGAAACCAGCGGAGAUAACGAGACUCAAUCUACUGAAGAAAAUACCCAAACCACUAAUGAGGAUUCAGAAAACCUAGACAUUUCAGUCAAAGCAGUUACUACAAAAGAAAAAAUUACAGAACAAAACGGAUUAAUAAAAGAAAAGGAUUCUGAAAAAUGCGACGAAAUAGCCGAUAAAGUAACAUCAUUGCAAGAAGUAAAACCUGAUGAAACUGAUAUUGAAGCUGUGGAGAAAAGUGAAUCUGAAGAAAACGUAAAUAAAAAUGAAGAACCUAAUUGUGACAAUGAAGUAAUGGAAAAACAUGAAUCCAAAGAAACUAAGAAUACAGAAGAACUACAUUAUUACAGCGAUGACACUGAGAAAAAUUCUGAUGUGGAUGAAAACGUCACUAAAGAUGACGUCCAAAUUGGCGAAAGUGAUGAAGGAGCAACUUCAAAGUCCGAAGAGAACUCUGCUGUGGAUGAAAAUAACGUUGAGGAAGAUACUGCACAAAAUGGAAACGACGCGAAACAAGACGAUUUAAGCCAAGAAGUCGAUAAUGAUAGUCAAGAAAAUGACAAAGACCAAUCGACCCAAGAAAGCGCAGAUGUAAGCCUAGAAGAUUUUAUAAAAAUUUCCACUCAAAAUAGUGACGAACAGAAAUCGGAAACCGAAACUGAUCUUGAAGGUUUCACAACCAUCUCGGAAUUACCUAUUGAGGACCACCAGCCUGUCGUUGUUACGUUAGAUUCCACUCAAGAAGAGGACGAAGGAGAUGCGGGAAAACGCAAAAGAUGCGAUAGCGUCUCUGACAGUAAUAGACCCAUAAAGAAGCUGAAAAGAGUAACUUUCGAUGAUGAUUUGCGAGUUGACUGAGGUAGUUGUUUUUUAAGUCGAAGUAUUGAUUGAAUUAAGUUAAAAAAAAUGUUGGUUUAUUAUUAAUAUUUGAAGAGUCCCAAGGCAAAAACGAUAAAAUUUUCUGUAAAUUGAAUUUUAAGUUUCGUAACCAAAAUACACUUAGAUCGGGAAUAUUAAGCAAAAAAAAAGUUAGUAAUUUUUAUUGGAUAAUAUGUGAAAAACGUCAUAUCUUUGUUUUUGUUCUUCGUCGCAUAUUGGCUAUUUCUGAAUAUGCCCGUGUUAUUCAUAGUUUUUAUUAUGUAUACCAUUUUUUGUUUCUGAAAUAAAUCUGUAACUAUGAGCUUCAUUGAUGUGUAAACCAGUUCAAUAUAUACAACAGACUCUCAGCUAAGAAGUUACUUUCAUCGAUUUUUGCUGUUUAGUGUUUUAUUUACGUAAUUCUUUAAUUUUAUUUCAAUUCGAAAUGUUAGUCAUCAAAAUUUUCGGAGUAAAUUAUUGAACAUCGCGCCAAAAAUUGGUAGGAUGUCAAUUAGUUAUAUAAUUUUUAAGUUUUUGCUGGAGUGCGUUUGGGAACCUCCCACAACGCGUCUAGGUACCUCGUAUAUUGCUUCUGACACAACAGUUAUUAAAUUUAACAUGUCUGUACAUUUGAACUACUGUACUCUUAUCUAAUUUAAUAUACGUUUUUUUGUUUAUCGAAUUUUUUUAAUUUAUUUUUGUUGUAGACUGCUGUUACAUGUUUUAAUGUCCUUGUACUACUGGAAUUAAAAUUUGUUUUAUCUUUUGAA